AUGUCACGUUUUCCAAUAAAAAGAGAUGGUUGGUGUAAUUUAGAGGAUGAAAUUUUGAAAGCAGCUGUUAUGAAAUAUGGCAGAAAUCAACUCAGUCGAGUAGAAUCUGUACAAUACAGAAAGUCUGCCAAGCAGUGCAAAGCUCGUUGGACUGAAUGGUUGAAUCCUAAUAUUAAAAAAACUAAGUGGAACAGUAAAGAAGAUGAGAAACUUUUGCAUUUAGCAAAGCUAAUGCCAUCUCAAUGGACUACUAUAGCAAAAAUAGUGGGUGAUCGUACACCAUCUCAGUGCAUAGAGAGAUUUAAAUUUUUAUUGAACCAAGGAAAAAUAAUAAAGGAAGAUAAUAAUUCUAAUAAUUUUGAGAGAUUGAAAUCGGAAUCCGAAUCUAGCACUACCUAUUGA